AUGAGGAGUCUGAAUCAGUGGAUGGAUCAAGCCUCGCGGCUGCUACCAGCGUCGUGGCACCUCUCACCGCGCGCGAGUGCCGAGCUGGACGUGCUCGUGCGGCUUGGAAGCCACAUUGCGGCCUCGAUCCUCAGCACCUUUGCUCUCUCGGUCACGGCGCUCGUCAUAGCAAAGCGCGUCGGAACGGCCGAGUACACGGCGGUCGCCUACGCCCAGCUCGUGCUCGAUUUUACGCUCACCGUGUUCACACGUGGCUUCACGAAAGGCCUUCUGGCCCUCGCAUCGCAAGCGUACGGUGCCCACAACCAUGCGCUGAUUGGACACUACACGCAGCUCACCGCGUUGUUGCUCACUCUUGUCUGCGUACCGCUGAGUCUGCUCUGGUACUACAGCUGCGGCAGUCUCCACGUCGUCGGGCUCGCGCCGGUGAGCGUUGCACUUGCUACGCAGUACGCGCGCGUCUCGGUACUGGGGCUUUGGCCGCGCCUCCUCUUUGAUGUCGUGGCGGCUUCGUUUCAGGCCCAGCAGCUCGCGGCGUCCGCGGCCGUCGCGUCGCUUUGCGCAGUGGUUUUCAAUGCGCUGUUGAGCAUCCCCUUGGUGUUUGGCCUGUCUUGUUUGGGUGUACGCGGCCUCGGGGUUCUUGGUGGCCCGCUCGCGACGAGCCUCACGCUGUGGUGUCGGCUAUUCGGGUAUGGCUACUACAUGCACCGCGUCACACCGCUUCAGUCGCUUUGGCAGUGGUCGCCGCGGUCUCUCUCGUUGGCGCAGCUGACCGCGCUUCUCUCUGUCGGCGCGCCGCUCAUGCUCGGCGACUUCGUUGAAAAUCUUCAACUCCAGAUCAUGACCAUCUUUGCCGCCCUUCUCAGCGACGUGUCGUUGGCGGCGCACACCACAGUGAUGCAGAUCGUAUAUCUUGUGACUUCGCCCAUCUGCGGGCUUCACGACGCCGCCGUGAGCCGCAUGGGUAUGUACUUGGGGGCCGGCCACGCCGAGGCUGCUGCGUUCGUCAGCCGACUCGUCCUCGGCGCGAUGCUGUUUACGUCCGCUUGCCUCGCGCUGCCGUGGGUGCUCUGCCGUCACUGGAUCGGCUUGACAUCGGAUCCGCGCGUUGUCGACCUUAUCAGCAGCGCGACGGUGCUGGCGGCCGUCGGCUACGUCGCCCUCUCGCCUUUCUUCUACGCCAUGGCAACACUAAAUGCGCAAGCUCGCACCGUGCCCAUCCCGCGAGCGAUUGUGUGCGGUGCAUGGUUUGUGGGCGUCCCGACGGCGUAUGCGCUGAGCCAGUUUGACAGCAGAGGUCUCCUCGGCGUCUAUAUGGGCAUGGCGUUUGGGUCCGGUGUCACGACCCUCCUGGGCGUGUACUUCGCCGCCUUCUCAGACUGGGUCGCCGAGGCCGCCAAGGCCGUCGCUCGCACGCGCCCCUUUAAAGGGACUUUACCACUUCUGGCGACAGUCCAAGCAACCGACUACGGCGCCACAACCGACACCCUCCUCGAAUACGACGAGGAAUCUUAA